AUGUCACACAAGUUCCAGCCCUACCAAAACCCCGGCAGUCUGAGCGGUCAGGAGAGGACACUGGCUGUGCUGCUGGAACAGGCUUUCAGGAUCAGAGAGGAAGUGGCAGCAGGCCUGCAGUCAGUCCAGGGCUCCCUCCAAGUUGAGACACUGUCCCGCAAGCUGCUGGAGAAUCACAUACUGACCAUUACACGCAUUGCCAAGCAGCUUAGCAUGGACAUACAGUCCCUGGAAAGACAGAUUGCCCAGAGGGACUCCAUCACCUCUGCAACCACACUGGCCCUUCAAAGCCUGGACCAGAAGAACAUGAGUGGCAUUGGAGACCUGAGAGGAAGAGUGGCCAGGUGUGAUGCCGCCAUCUGCAAGCUGGGCGCUGGCGUGAGCUCUGGGGAGCGGCGGCUGAUUAGACUGCAGCAAGAGGUGGCAGAUCUCCGGUCAGCCAUGGACAAACAGCUCAAAUAGAUGAAGGUCAAGAUUUAUUAUGAUCUUGGAAAGCUGGAGGCCUCAUUGUCAAAGCAUUCCCAGAGCCAAAAGAGCUCCAUGGCUGAUCUGCAACUUAAACUACUCGAUGACAGGAUGUCAGGGGAACUGAAGGGAGCCAAGGAGCAGACCGAUUCUUUGAGGAAGUGGACAGAACAACAGCUCAAUAGUUUGGCCCAGAAUCAUGCGGAUCGCAGCCAAGAGCUCCGCACACAACUGCAGGACAAAAUGUUAGAGGCAGAAUCUAGAUUAGCUGUGCGGCUACAGGCUUUGGAGGCGCGUGUGGAGCAGUUUGAGGCCCAGCAGGAUCAGGCAGACCGGCGUCAGUCAGAUCAUCUGAAACGCUCUGAAACAAAACUGAGUAAGAGAAUGACCUCGAUGGAGAGCAGCCUUAAUCAAGAGCUGCAGCUGCUCAAACAGGAAUACCACAAAGGUUUCCUGUCGGUGCAUGAUGCCAUCGAGUCCCUGAGGCAGAUAGGUGACAUAAAAUCCUGCCUUAACAAGGAGAAGCUACAGAAGGAUAUCAGGCACGUCUGCAGCAAGGUGGCAGAACUCAAUGACUUGUGA